AUGGCGGCUCCUUGCAACGUCGAAGUUCCUAGAAAUUUCCGGCUACUUGAUGAAUAUGAAGAAGGCCAGUCAGGAGGAGGUGAUGGCAUCAGUUGGGGUCUGGAGAAGGAUGAUGAUCUUAGUUUUUCUAAUUGGAUGGCUACUAUAGUAGGCCCACCUAGAACUCCCUAUGAGGGUAGGAUAUAUACUCUGAAGAUAGUGUGUGGUAAAAAAUAUCCAGAAGAAUGUCCAUGUGUCAGAUUUCUUACCAGAAUUAAGCUAAAUGGUGUCAAUGAUUCAAAUGGCCAAGUUGACCGGAAAAAAAUGGAUGUUCUUAAUCGCUGGCAGAAAAACUACACACUCAAACAUUUACUAACUGAAAUAAGGCGAUUGAUGAUGGCGAAGGAGAAUCAGAAGUUAUCACAGCCCCAAGAUGGGACUACCUCAUAUUCUAAUAAUACAUUUUAUAUUCUCAACAUUUUUUUCUUUCUUUCAAGUCAGUCACAAUCCAAAGGUUAUCCCCUUUUCCAAGUCCAUUAUCAUGGAUAUUUAAACUUUAAUAGAAAUAGGCUUUUUAUUUUCUUUUUUUCUCUUCUCCUUUCUCUUCUCCUUUCUCUUCUCCUUUCUCUUCUCCUUUCUCUUCUCCUUUCUCUUCUCCUUUCUCUUCUCCUUUCUCUUCUCCUUUCUCUUCUCCUUUCUCUUCUCCUUUCUCUUCUCCUUUCUCUUCUCCCUCCUCUUCUCUCUUCCCUGACUUAA